CGCGGCUGACGUGCCCAAAGAGUUUCCGGGAAAAUGGCGGCGGCCGAAGCGGCUGCGGAGCCGGGAACUGUGGUGGCGGUCAUCGGGCCAAAGGCAAAGGACCAAGAGGAGGAGGAAGAGGAGUCGCUGCCGCCGUGCGAGGCGGUGCGCUGGGCCCCCGUGGGGGCGGUGGCAGAGACUGGGCCUGGAGCGGCUUCCUUCUCGGAAGAGGCGGCGGCCGAGGAUCCUGGCGGAGCCCCGGGGUCCCCGCCGGACUCGCCGGGCCGGACGCUGAGGCGGCUGCGGGCGGAGCGGCGGCGGCUGGACUCGGCCCUGCUGGCGCUGUCCUCGCACUUCGCGCAGGUGCAGUUCCGCUUGCGCCAGGUGGUGCGCGGAGCCCCGGCGGAGCAGCAGCGCCUUCUGCGCGAGCUCGAAGACUUCGCCUUCCGCGGCUGCCCCCACGUCCUGGGUUAUGAGGGGCUGGGAGACCCUGUCCUCGACGAGGGAGACGGGCCGCCGGGGGACCGGCCACGACUGCGGGGCAAGGACCCGAGUGAGCAGGAAAAGCAGGAGCGCCUGGAAACGCAGCGGGAGAAGCAGAGGGAGCUAAUACUGCAGCUCAAGACCCAGCUGGAUGAUCUGGAAACAUUUGCCUACCAGGAGGGCAGUUACGACUCCCUGCCGCAGUCCAUGGUCCUGGAAAGACAGCGGGUGAUCAUCGAUGAGCUGAUAAAGAAACUCGACAUGAACCUGAGCGAGGACCUCAGCUCGCUGUCCACUGAAGAGCUCCGACAGCGUGUGGAUGCGGCGGUGGCUCAGAUCGUCAACCCGGCCCGCGUGAAGGAGCAGCUGGUGGAGCAGCUAAAGACGCAGAUUCGAGACCUGGAGAUGUUCAUCAGCUUCAUCCAAGAUGAAGUGGGAAGCCCCUUGCAAACAGGCGGUGGCCAGUGUGAGUGCAAGACCAGCGGGAAUCCAGGGAGCGGCUCCCCUAGAGCAGGCAGCAGCAGACCACCUCUUGGAAACAGCAAGAUGAAGGCAGAAGACAUGAGGAGAGUUCGGGAGACUGGGCUGCACCUGAUGCGGCGCGCGUUGGCUGUGCUACAGAUCUUCGCUGUUAGCCAGUUUGGUUGUGCCACCAGCCAGAUCCCUCAGUCCUUGUGGCAGAGGGGCCAGACUGACCGAGACUACGCCCCCUUGCUGAAGAAGCUGGAAGUGUCCGUGGACCGAGUGAAGCAGCUGGCCUUGAGACAUCAGCCACACGACCACGUUAUCACCUCUGCCAACCUCCAGGACCUCUCUCUGGGAGGCAGGGACGAGCUGACCACGGCUGUGCGGAAGGAGCUGACGGUAGCCGUGAGGGACCUGCUGGCCCACGGACUGUACGCCUCCUCCCCUGGGAUGAGCCUCGUCAUGGCCCCCAUUGCGUGUUUGCUGCCAUCCUUCUCCUCCGCACCCGAGGCCAUGCACCCCUGGGAGCUCUUUGUGAAGUACUACCAUGCUAAGAACGGCCGCGCCUACGUGGAGUCCCCAGCCCGGAAGCUCUCGCAGUCCUUCGCCCUGCCCGUCUCGGGAAGCGCUGUCGUGACGCCCAAGCAGAGCCUCCUGACGGCCAUCCAUGUGGUGCUGACAGAGCACGACCCCUUCAAACGCAGCGCAGACUCGGAGUUGAAGGCUCUGGUGUGCAUGGCCCUGAACGAGCAGCGCCUGGUGUCGUGGAUGAAUCUCAUCUGCAAGUCGGGCUCGCUCAUCGAGCCCCACUACCAGCCCUGGAGCUACAUGGCCCACACAGGCUUUGAGAGCGCCCUCAACCUCCUCAGCCGCCUCAGCAGUCUCAAGUUCAGCCUCCCUGUAGAUCUGGCCGUGCGCCAGCUCAAGAACAUCAAAGAUGCCUUUUAGGGAGGACGCCCUGGCUCUGGGCCUGCCCCUUGCUCAGUAAGGGUGGAUGAGUCGGUCUUCCAGGGAGGGGCAGGGAGUCAGAGCAGAGGUUAAAGACACGCGCCCCUACACCCCGCCGUGGUGGCCCACUGAGUAAGUGCAAAGUCUGUUUUCCCACCAACUUAGCAUCUGACAGAGAUGUGCUGGAGCCCACGCCCCAGUGUGUGACCGUGGUGGGCAUGUGGGUGUCUGUGGUACCCACGUGCUUUGAAGCCAUUAAAGGAAUGAGUCGUGGCCUACACCUGAUGCCCCAGCUCGCCAUGCCACUUCUGGUUUUUAGAAAACAACACAGGUUCCUCUAACUAUUCUCUUUAUGAUGAUGAGUGACAAUAUAACUGAGUUUCUUAUUGGAAGACAUUCAGCUUUAGGCUCCUGCUAGUCAAGUUGGGAGCCAUCUUCUUUCACUUGAAGCAGGCUUAAGAGUCCUGAGGCCUGAAUUCAUGCCCUUUGCGUACACUCAUCCCCUUCUUUCUGGCCCCAAGCUCAGGGGGAGACGUGGAUAUUCCUGGCUGCCUCUAAAACUAGGAAUGAGAAUAUCUGAGGGCAUUUCUAAGGGAGUCAACCACAAGUGGAUUUUAAUAGAAAACCCUUCCCUGGUAGAAAUGGGAACUGAAGUCUUCCUGACAGGGUCGUUCUUCCCUCACAGCACAGGUGCCAGCCUUUGUACCAGCAGUGAGAGCUCUACAUCCAGCACCAGGCCUGGGGCGCGCACACACUCCUCUGCGGUCCCAGCGAGUAAGUGUCCUCGGGAUUCCUCCCCCCACCCCCCGGGAGGACUCGUGCACACUAGGCCGUGCAGGAGCACCUGCCUGCAGCAGCCAGGCACCCCUCAGUCCUAGAGGCUGGAAGGUCCGAUCUCACACUUGGGAGUGGGUACCAGAUCAGACCCCUGUGCAGAUUGCGGAGCUGAGUACUUCGUUGAGAAACUGCCUCCAGAAGGGGCUUUUUGAGGCCUCCUUGCUUCAACCCUUCAGCUAAUGGAGGUUCCUGCCCCAGGGCUGACAGGCAUCCCCCCAAACAUUGCCAACUCAGCGUUGCUUUUCUGGGUCCCCUUGCUAGCUGCACUUUGUUUCUGCCCUGUUGAGUGGCCCAUUUUAACUUAAAUUCUCUUCAGGAACGUUUAAUCUAUUUAAGAUGCAUUGAUACUUCAUUAGAAUUAGUCUGCCUUCCCUGGGAGACAUAACAGGUGUAAUAUGUUAUAUAAACAUGAUGUACCUGUGGUCAUUAAUAAAAUCCUGGUAUUUUAUGUAGCUUCUUUGGGGAGCCCUGCACUGCUCUACAUGGCUGCUGGCCUUCUCGGCCAGCCCGAUCCAGAUCCAUUUAUCUUCAAGAACCGGCUGCUUCCUCUCUUUUCCCAUGGAACAAGUCAGAUCUGGUGGUGGAA